UUCCAGAAUUACAGUUACAUGUCCAGUUUCUCUCUCUAAACAUCUAGCCAACCUCAUUCUUAGAGUUUCAUCUCCACUUUAUCUCUCUAAACAUCUAAGAGACAAUAUUCUUGAGUUAGGGUCCUUGUGUUUCUCAUCUGGGAAAACCCACCUUCUUCUCUUCCAAUUCCAACAUCUAGAUUACGGUUUCAAGCUUCAUCUUCGGAAAAGAACUGUUCUUCUCUCUCUAAAACAAAAACCCAUCUUUCUUUUUCCUCCAUUUCUUUAAUUUUUUGCAUCCAUGGAUACAAUAGAAGUCCCCCCAUAUUUCCUUUGCCCUAUCUCCCUCCAAAUCAUGAGAGACCCAGUAACUGUUUGCACAGGAAUAAGCUAUGAUAGAGAGAGCAUGGAGAAAUGGAUUUACACAUACAAGAACACAAGUUGCCCCGUAACGAACCAGACCCUAUCAGACCAAGAGCUCACACCAAACCACACUCUUCGGCGAUUAAUCCAAGCAUGGUGCACUGCUAAUUCGUCAAAUGGAAUUGAGCGAUUCCCGACACCGAAGCCACCUGUAUGCUUGGAAAGGGUCAAUCAGCUCUUAGCAGUGGCUCGACUCAACGAUCCCAAACUGAGUUCGCUACGUGAGCUCAGGGAUCUUGCCAUCGCUAGUGAGAUGAAUAGAAGGCGCAUAGGGAGUGCGGGUGCUAUUCCGGUCAUGGCUCAUCUCAUUUUGGGACAAAAAGAUAGAGGGGAUGAGUCCAUGGCCACCAUUGAAGAAGCUUUGAGCAUAAUUCAUGUUCUGCAGGUCUUAGAAGACACAGUAAAGAGCAUUGUGGCUUCAGAUAAUGGUGCUUUUAUUGAUUCUCUAUCAUGGGUUUUACUCAACGGGUCUUAUCGAUCGAGGCUUUAUUCCGUUUCAAUCCUAAAGACUGUGCUCAAGCUGGUUGAGCCCACCAUUAUCACUAGCCUAAAGCCCGAACUCUUUCGAGCCAUGGUUCGAGUCAUGAAUAAUCAGGUCUCGAGCCAGGCAACCAAGUGUGUGCUUCAAAUUUUAAUGGAGGUUUGCUCAUUGGGUAGGAAUAGAGUCAAGGCUUGUGAGGAAGGUGCAAUGCCUGUGAUCAUACAGAUGCUUAUAGAGAGCACAGAGAGGAGAGAGAGAGAGUUAUUAUUAGGGGUUCUUGAUUUGCUUUGUGGGUGUGCUGAAGGUCGAGCCGAAUUACUUAGACAUGGAGCUGGUGUUGCUGUGGUUUCGAAGAAGAUUUUCAGGGUUUCAACGACUGCUACUGAGAGAGCAGUGAAGAUACUUUGGUCUCUCUGCAAAUAUUCCGCAACCCAUGGCGUUUUAAUGGAGAUGUUAAAUAUUGGAGCUGUUUCCAAGCUUUGUAUGGUGGUUCAAACGGACUGUAGCUUCAAGGCCAAGGAGAAGGCCAAAGAGGCUCUUAGGAUGCAUGCCAAGACAUGGAAGAGCUCACCUUGUGUUCCUUCUCAUUUGCUUUCAGCCUUUUCAAUUCACUGAGGAUGCCCCAACUCUUGAUUCUCUUACUUUAUUCACAUACUUUGUACAUAAUUCUUGAAGAAUUGGAAAUGAUCGUUAAAAAGAAAUAGAAAUACACAGUUUAUUACUGCAGAAGUGAUGGGAGUCACAAAAAUGUAACUUUUUGAACAUUGUAGUAAACAAGAUGGGAACAUAAAUACU